AUGUUUCAAAGCAGAUGCAGAUUUGGUCAAACGGCUGCAAAGACCUGGCCCCAAGGGAUGAAAGAAAUUAUUUCUGGUUUAGUCACUAACACAUCCAUUCAGAAAUUAAAUCUGAAGGGCAAUCAUAUUCGAGGAGACACAGUAGAGGCCUUAGGAAUGUUGUUACGAAACAACAAAACUUUAACCAGUUUGUGUCUUGAAUGGAAUGAUCUGGGUAUGUUAGAAUCAUCAUUUGCUAUUUUUUGCGAUGGUUUACGAGCAAACACAAGCCUGAAGCGUCUUGACCUCAGAAACAAUCAGAUUACACACUGUGGCAUAAAAGAACUUGCAGAAGCACUUUAUUGUAACAAAACUCUCAAGGCAAUUGAUCUCAAAUGGAAUAAAAUUGGCUUGGUCGGAGGACGUGCUCUACUAAAUCUUCUCUAUCAAAAUAAAACUUUGGUCACUCUUGAUUUGACUGGCAACGAUAUUCCUUGUGACAUCGUUCGAUCCAUAGAAUCAGUUUUGUUGCGUAACGAAGAGUUUCAGUUCAUGUCUAACAAUUGCAAGAGAAAAACUCAUCUUCUCUGCAAAAAAUACAGAAAUUUAGAGUCAGACCGUAAAAAUCAGGUCAUAGACUUAUUGGAUCAAUUGAAUCAUGCUGAAGAGGAUCUGAAAAAGGAGAAAAAAAAUACUGGUUUUCAAUUUACACAGCUGCAGAAAUUAGUGGAGGAAAAAACUGAAGCCUUUAAUGAGUUGUACUGCAAAUUUACCCAACUGGAAUUGGGACUGAGUGUGGCCCAACAGAAACUGAAAGACCAGGAAAACCUGAACAAACAUCUAGAAGCAAAACACACUGACAUUGUUCACCAACAUCAGAUGGAGGCAAGCAUUGCAAAAAAGAAAAGUUCUGAGAAAGAAAGAAAACUUUUAAAAGAAUUAGCCGAAGCCAGCACCCAAAUUUCACAACUGGAAUACAAGGUAAUUUUCUUUUUUCUUUGUAAUUGGUGA